AACGUGCCUGUGCGUGCGCUUGUACGUCACAGACGCGCUGUGCGUAACGGCGUCGGGUGGGUCCCAUGGUGCCUUGCGCGGGGCUGGCUCUCCGAGUCCUGCCCACAGUUGAGUUCGGCCCCGAGCUGAGCAGACGGGUCCGGCCUAGUCCUGCCGCCUCGACCCUCCCCUCGCGGUCGCGUCUGGCUCCGAGCGCCGCUCCCCCCGCCGCGCGGGGAGCGAACAUGCGGCUGCGGCGCCCUGAGGAGGCUGCUGCCGGCGAGUGAGGAGCCGCUGCCCCGGCCCGGCCCGGCCCCGCCGCCUGCCCGCCCCGGCCGCAGCCGCCCCGCUUCGCCCAGGCAAUGACAGCGGCUCCGGCCCCCUCCCCGCAGCAGAUCAGGGACCGGCUGCUGCAGGCCAUCGACCCGCAGAGUAACAUCCAUAACAUGGUGGCAGUGCUGGAAGUGAUCUCCAGCUUGGAGAAAUAUCCCAUAACCAAAGAGGCACUUGAGGAAACAAGAUUAGGAAAACUCAUCAAUGAUGUAAGAAAGAAGACAUCCAAUGAGGAACUUGCCAAACGUGCCAAGAAAUUGCUACGGAAUUGGCAAAAACUGAUAGAACCUGUAACCCAGAAUGAAUCCGUUCCAAGAGGAUUACCGAAUCCACCUGGAUCAGCAAACGGUGGUGCACACAACUGUAAACCAGAAGUGCCACCUGCUGUAGUAACUGGAUCAAAGCCCAUCAAUGAAUUGAAAAGCAGGAAUGAUAUCCAAAAGCUAAACUCCCCGAAAACAGAAAAACUGGGAAAUCGGAAAAGGAAAGGCGAACAUAGGGAUGGGCAUCAGGGCCCCCCUCCUUCUAAAGUUUCCAAAGGUAGUCAUGAAGUAUUACAAAACUCUUCUCCUCCACCAACUAAUGGGAUUGCGGGGAGCCCUGAAAGUUUCCCCAGUCCUGUAGAUGUAAACCUGCACCCAGGGCCUGAAAGCAGCAGGACAGAACAUAGUGAAAAUGACAAACACAGUAAGAUCCCAGUAAAUGCUGUAAAACCUCACACCAGUUCUCCAGGACUUGUAAAACCUUCAAGCACUUCCUCAUUAUUAAAGACUGCAGUGCUUCAGCAGCAUGAUAAAUUGGAAGAAACCACAGGACAGCACCAACCUAAGAGUCCCCGCUGUUCCUCGUUUAAUCCUGGGAAUAUUAGGCAUGACACAUUUGCUCGACAGCAUAUCACAUACUCACCAAAGGGUUCAAUACCUAGUCCAUCUCAAAGGUCCCAGUUCUUAGAUACUGCACAGGUGCCAUCACCACCACCCCCUUCCUUGAUGCAACCAUCAACCCCUCCAAUGCCAGCAAAAAGACUGGAGGUUUCUCAGCAAUCAGGAACUGAGGUAUCUCAACAUUGGCAGGAGCAGGCAUCUUCUGAAAGCCAGCACAGGCACACAGCAGGGACACUUCAGCACACAUCUCCUAGCUGCAAAACUAACUUGCAUCCUGGGGAAUCUCUGACGCCACAUGUUGGCUUUUCACCGGACACUUCAAAAAUGGACAGUGAUGAUGCUGCUUCAGGUUCAGAUAGUAAGAAGAAGAAAAGGUACAGACCCAGAGACCACACAGUCAAUUUGGAUGGGCAGGUCGUAGAAGGGGGUGUGAAACCUGUGAGAUUAAAAGAAAGAAAACUCACGUUUGAUCCCAUGACCGGACAGAUAAAACCUUUAACACAAAAAGAUUCUUUGCAGGCAGAAAUCCCUACAGUCGCUGAACAGCACAGGACAGAAACAGACAAGCAGGAGCAAAAACCCAACCUGCAAAGUCCUUUUGAACAAACGAACUGGAAAGAGUUAUCCAGAAAUGAAAUAAUUCAGUCGUAUUUAAACAGACAAAGUAGUUUGCUGUCUUCAUCAGGAGUACAAACCCCAGGAGCUCACUACUUCAUGUCUGAAUAUUUAAAGCAGGAGGAAAGCACUAGAAGAGAAGCUAGAAAGACUCAUGUUCUAGCUCCUAACAGCAAACCCACAGACUUGCCUGGGGUCACAAGAGAGGUCACAAGCGAUGACCUCAACAGAAUACGUGAACAUCACUGGCCAGGCGUGAAUGGCUGUUAUGAUACACAGGGUAACUGGUAUAAUUGGACGCAGUGCAUAUCUUUAGAUCCACAUGGGGAUGAUGGUAGAUUGAACAUCCUGCCUUAUGUCUGCCUAGACUGAGUACAGUUUUGCUAAAAUGCUCUCACAUCAGCAGUUAGAAAAAACGGCAGAUACUAUGCCACUUAACAUGGAGAGAGCCUCCUGUCCUGGACAAACAGGGCCAACGAGCAGAGGGUCUGAAGGAGCUGGUUGUUUACAGCUCUUUCCUUUAAAUUCUCCUUUUGUGAAAUGCUGCUACCAGUUUACUAACAAAAUUGCAAAGGAAGGCAUUCGAAGGUUGAUAAUUUGAGUUCAAAACUCUAUAGCAAGCCAGCUAUAAAAAAGUGUUAGUCCCCAAGAAGUGAAGAUGAUUUCCAGCACUUUGUGAAUGCCGGAAUCUUAUUACAGGCAGGUACAGAUAAAAUUGUAGAAAUUACCUUAACAAAAUAUGCAUCUAUUUAUUUGACUUGAUUUGAGUUUAUUUGGCAGUGAGAUGUCCGAGACAAUGCGCAAAAAAUCUAGUUUUUAUUUGCAUCAGAUCUUUGAACAUGAUUGUGUUCUUUUCAAAUUAUGUGGUGCAAAGAUUGGGUUUUAAACAGCAGGUGUUGCACUGCAGGUUGGCGAUCUGGCUUCAGCUCAACAUUCCAUAGGCAACCACAUACUUUAGUCUGGUUUCAGUUAAAAUCCAGUCUCUCAGAAAUGCUGCAAAAACUAGGUU